CACGCACGUGAUGUUGUCGUACCUCCUCUGGAUUCUGAUCUGCCUGCUUGCAGCAAAAUAAUUAAUGCAAAAAUGUGUUUAAAAGCUAUUUAGCAGUAGCUUUAUGUUAUGUAGCUUGACACCUCCACCGAUCGAGGCAUCGUGCUUUCAUUUACACAUCAAUCAUGGAUAACUAUAAACCUGAAGCCUUAGUAAAAUGCCAGCUCUGGAUAUGAGUCACAUGGCAGGUGGCAUGUUUUAGAAUAAGUGAGGUUAGAGAUAAUGCAACAAUGGAUUCUAGUAGUUCAAGCAGUGAUGGACAGAGAGAUAUUACAGUGAGCGUGGAGAGCAGCCAAGCACUUCCUGAAACGUUCGUAAAGAAACUUCAUGAUUUCUUUCGGGACAAUGCGCCAACUAAUUGUACAGUGCAGUUGACGUUGAAUGCCAAGACCAAUGACUCAGAAACACCCGACACGGAUCCACAGCAGGAUCAAGAGAACUUCUCUGGCCACCCUCGUGGCUACCGUCAAAAUCCCGAGGUCCCAGUUCUCCGUGGCAAGGAUCACUGCCAGUAUUGCAUGUGUGGACCCUGUGUGAUUCAGUUGCCUCCAGAUUUUCUGCGAGGAUCCUGUGGCCGUCAUCCUGCUAAUGAAGGGAAAAGGGAUAGACUCUACAGGAUGUUCUGGAAAUUACUGCGUGACUUACAGGUGUGGGUAGAUGACGAGUAUCUAGAAAGGAAGGAGCGUAGGACAGGGAGACACGGAAAGCGUGAAAUGAUUCCAAGAUGUGUCAUCACAGAAGUUAGGUCGAGGUACCCAAGUUGUGAUGGUACUUAUCAAGACUGUUGGACAAGAUUUGAGGCAGAGACUGACUACGCAUGAGACAUAGAGAGUGAAUGUAUAUAUGCACUCACGGAUUGACUGUCCCAGUAUAUGCUCGUAGUUAGUAAAGUAAUUGUCAUUGUCGCCAUCUGAUGAGUCAGAAUACUCGGGAGGCAUCACCCCAUAUUAUCUGAGUUCAUCUUCACUCACUCCCGUCCUCUCAAACAAACAAAAUUUACGAAUAGUCUGUAGUAACGACAGUCUUUUACUAACCCCUUCAUUGUAGUGACAAUUCAGUCGACGUAAAUCUUUGACCUUGUUA